UUUUUUUUUGUUUACUUGCAUAGCUAACUCGGAUAAUUUUCUGUCAUUUAUCCUCCUGGAUUCCUCCCAGACUCUCUUCUCGAUUUCCUUCUCCCUUCUCCAAAUAGCAAAGCCAACACCUGCCCUUGUAUUCCUUCCCUACCUCCGCACUCACCGGAAUUCCACUGCUGACCACCGGAAUCGAUUCCUUGCUUGCCUAUUUUCCUUGUCUUCCAAUUGCUCAGCUGCUGGAGAGCAAUCAGCUCACUUCGCUACAGUGCCGAUCAAUCUUGCGCUUACCUCAGAAUUGAGCUGAGGCGGGAGGUGGAGACUUGAAGUUCGUUGGACUCUGAGUCAGCUGUUACCUCUUGAUGCUGCUGGCGACGGUCUUCACUUCCGAGCUGGAGUAGCUAUUGUAGUAUCGUGUGGAUUCGCUAGGGUUUUUCUAGUCUGGUGAAUGGAACGGUUCUGCUGCUUGAUUGAGAAUGGGCGGGAGACGUACUGCAGUGUCGUUGCUGCUACUGUGUAGCUUUCUCGGUUCCAGGAUAGCUCGCCGUUGGAAUGUCGCCGCCGGAUAGAAUGGCUGCGGAUCUCAGUAGGACUGGCGCUGCUGAAAGGGAUAUUGAGCAGGCAAUCACUGCUCUGAAGAAAGGAGCUUACUUGCUGAAGUAUGGAAGAAGGGGGAAGCCAAAAUUUUGUCCCUUCCGCCUUUCAAAUGAUGAGUCCGUUCUUAUUUGGUUCUCAGGGAAAGAGGAGAAGCAUCUCAAGCUAAGCCACAUAUCUAGGAUUAUAUCCGGGCAACGCACUCCAAUCUUUCAGAGGUAUCCACGUCCUGAGAAGGAAUACCAGUCGUUUUCUCUUAUAUAUAAUGACAGAUCAUUGGAUUUGAUUUGCAAAGAUAAAGAUGAGGCGGAGGUGUGGUUUAGUGGUUUAAAAGCAUUAAUAUCGCGCACCCAUAACCGGAAAUGGAGAACAGAAUCAAGGAGUGAUGGCAUUCAAUCUGAAGUGAUCAGUCCCAGGACAUAUACUCGUAGAAGUUCUCCCUUGAAUUCUCCAUUUGGGAGUAAUGACAGUUUCCAGAAGGAUGGAGAGACCCUUCGUAUUCACAGUCCAUAUGGAAGUCCACCGAAGAAUGGACUAGAUAAGACUUUCUCCGAUGUGAUAUUUUAUGCUGUUCAGCCUAAAGGGGGUUUCCCCUCCGAUGCUGCUGAUGCUUCAGCCCAUUCUUUGUCAUCUGGGGGAUCAGAUAGUAUGCAUGUUCAUACAAAGGGACUAGGGAUGGAUGCUUUUAGAGUUAGCUUAUCCAGUGCUGUCAGUUCAUCAAGCCAAGGUUCUGGUCAUGAUGAUGGUGAUGCCCUAGGGGAUGUUUUUCUUUGGGGCGAAGGGACUGGAGAGGGUGUUUUAGGCGGUGGAGUUCAUAGAGCUGGGAACUGUUUCGGUGUAAAAAUGGAUUCAUUGUUGCCUAAAGCCUUAGAAUCUACAGUUGUACUUGAUGUCCAGAACAUUGCUUGUGGCAGCCGACAUGCAGCCUUGGUGUCUAAGCAAGGUGAGAUUUUCUCCUGGGGGGAGGAAUCGGGAGGCAGACUUGGGCACGGUGUCGAUUCUGAUGUCAUGCAUCCGAAACUUUUGGAUACUCUUAGCAAUACCAACAUUGAGCUUGUAGCUUGUGGCGAAUAUCACACAUGUGCUGUAACGCUUUCUGGUGAUUUGUAUACUUGGGGUGAUGGAACUUACAAUUUUGGUCUUCUUGGACAUGGAAAUGUAGUCAGUCACUGGGUCCCGAAAAGAGUGAAUGGGCCCUUAGAAGGCAUUCAUGUAUCAUCUAUUUCUUGUGGACCGUGGCAUACAGCAGUUGUAACAUCUUCUGGGCAAUUGUUUACAUUUGGUGAUGGCACAUUUGGUGUUCUAGGUCAUGGAGACAGGAAAAGUGUAUCGUUGCCAAGAGAAGUGGAAUCCCUCAAGGGGCUCCGAACUGUACGAGCAUCAUGUGGUGUUUGGCAUACCGCUGCAGUUGUAGAAGUCAUGGUUGGUAAUUCGAGUUCUAGCAAUUGUUCUUCGGGUAAGUUGUUCAGCUGGGGAGAUGGAGAUAAAGGAAGACUUGGGCAUGGUGACAAGGAAGCCAAACUUGUUCCUACUUGUGUUGCUGCUCUGGUUGAACCAAACUUUUGUAGAGUUGCUUGUGGGCACAGCCUGACUGUUGCUCUCACAACAUCGGGCCAGAUCUACACUAUGGGUAGUCCUGUUUAUGGUCAACUAGGGAACCCACAUGCUGAUGGGAAGCUUCCUGCCCGUGUUGAAGGCAAACUGUCAAAGAAUUUUGUCGAGGAGAUAGCGUGUGGUGCUUAUCAUGUUGCUGUUCUAACUUCCAGAACUGAAGUUUAUACUUGGGGGAAGGGGGCAAAUGGUAGGUUGGGUCAUGGGGAUAUGGAUGACAGAAACUCUCCUACACUGGUGGAAGCUCUGAAAGACAAGCAAGUUAAAAGUAUUGCAUGUGGUGCUAAUUUCACUGCAGCUAUUUGCCUUCAUAAGUGGGUCUCGGGUGUUGAUCAGUCUAUGUGUUCUGGAUGUCGGCUACCGUUCAAUUUCAAACGCAAACGGCACAAUUGCUAUAAUUGUGGACUAGUUUUCUGUCACUCAUGCAGCAGCAAGAAGUCUCAUAAAGCUUCCAUGGCUCCAAAUCCGCACAAGCCCUAUCGUGUGUGUGAUACUUGCUUUAAUAAACUUGGGAAAGCCAUGGAUACUGAGGCACCAUCGUCUCAUUCCUCAAUUAGUAGAAGAGGUAGUAUAAAUCAUGGCUCUAAUGAGUUUAGUGAUAAAGAUGAAAAGUUGGAUUCGAGAUCUCGUUCACAGCUUGCUAGAUUUUCAUCAAUGGAGUCCUUCAAGCAAACAGAUAGUCGAUCCAAGAAAAACAAAAAACUAGAGUUCAACAGCAGCCGUGUGUCGCCGAUUCCAAAUCGAGGGUCACAGUGGGGAGGACUGAAUAUUUCUAAAUCUUUUAAUCCUAUGUUAGGUUCAUCCAAGAAAUUCUUCUCUGCCUCGGUUCCUGGGUCAAGGAUUGUUUCUCGAGCAACGUCGCCCAUAUCUAGACGGCCGAGUCCACCGAGGUCAACAACGCCAACACCAACCUUGGGUGGCCUUACUUCACCCAAAAUCUCAGUUGAUGAUACUAAAACCUCUAAUGAUGGUAUUAGCCAAGAGGUUACUAAAUUAAGAGCUCAGGUUGAAAGUUUGACUCACAAAGCUCACCUUCAAGAAGUAGAGCUAGAAAGAACAACUAAACAAUUGAAGGAAGCAAUUGCAUUCGCAGGAGAGGAAACUGCAAAAUGCAAAGCAGCGAAGGAAGUAAUCAAGUCACUCACCGCUCAAGUAAGACAAGUUUUGAUGUUUCCUGUAGAUACUAAUCAAGCCACCAUUGGUAAUCUGAAGGACAUGGCAGAAAGACUACCCGUGGGAGCAGCCAGGACUGUGAAGACACCUUCCUUCACUGCUUUUGGAUUCAAUCCUCCGAAUGAGAUGCCAACCAAUAAUGUUACUAUGGACCGCUUAAAUUGUCAAGCGACAUCCCAAGAUCGAGACACGACAAGUGGGUUAAAUACUAACCAGUUAAUCCCCAAUGGUUCCAGCACAACUAGCAGCCAUAGUUCUGGUUACAACAUCAAACAAGGCCAUGCAGAAUCCACGUUGAGGAAUGGCAGCGGCAGAACAAAAGACGGCGAAUCACAUAGUGAAGCUGAAUGGGUUGAGCAAGAUGAGGCUGGCGUGUAUAUAACACUAACCUCUUUGCCAGGCGGUGGCAAGGAUCUCAAACGUGUGCGCUUCAGUAGAAAGCGCUUUUCGGAGAAAGAGGCAGAGCAGUGGUGGGCUGAGAACAGGGCAAGAGUCUAUGAACAGUACAACGUAAGGAUGGUUGAUAAGUCGAGUGUCAGCGUCGGUGGCGAGGAUUUGCCACAGUAGUUAGGACCGGGGGAGAUUGCCGUCGCCUUAUAUAGCAAAGGUAGGUUCUUUUUACCUUUCUUCGUCCUGGUCUUCUUCAGCUAGCUAGCUAGCUCCAACACCGUUUUUAACGACGUAGAGCAUCGUUUCCACAAACCGAGUUUAUGAGAUGCAUGCCUCCAUAUAUCUUUGGCGUCAACGGGGAAGGGGAAGUUAGAGUGGUUCGGUUGUGAAUUUCUUUGAUACUUUUCUUUAACCUGUCCUGUAAUUUUUUUUAUACCAGUUUCGAACUCCUGAUUGCCAAUUUUUUUACCCCUAUAUGUACGUGGUGUGGGUUGAAUAGAUAGUGAAAAUGUAAAUUCUUCUUAGUCUGUUGGAAUGAAGAGAGAGGAGGGUGCAGCUGCCAUGUAAAUUCAUAACAACAAAUGAACUGCACUUUCAGUCGAUUGGUGUCCAGCGUGCCUGUUGUUUUGCCUAAUCCUGUAUUAUGAACGGUGAUUUCAAUUUGUUUGCCAUUGGAGAGAUUUAAUAAUGAAUGCUAACACGAAUUGUUGGGAG